GACGUUCAGUGAUGCACUUCAUUAGCAAGACCCGUUUGACUCGCAUAUUUCUGUCGCCGACUUGCAUCCAUGGAACAGGCUCACAAUAAAGUUCUUUAACAUUCAUCUGAUCAAACGUUAUCCGCUUAUUUUUGGACAACGACGCCUGGUGAGCGAGGGAAAAAAAUUGUUACAUUUCAGGCUUUCCUCACCUCUUUUGAAGAACCUAGAGCAAGAGAUGCCGUACUUAGGGUCAAUGGCCAAGUCUAUUUCGUCUAUGGUUUUGCGUUCCGACAGCAGAGUCUUUCGUUCACAAGCAAAGGAGGCGUUUAAAACCCUCCUACAAACCCGAGAGCGAGGUGUGAAUGCCUCCUGGAUGUCUCUAUCCUCACUCAGAAAAUACAGAGGCUCAGAUCCCGUGAUUGACGACAAUACCGCCGAGGCGUAUCGGAUGUCUCUUCCCAUGAAUAAUAAGAAAGCAGAUUCUGAUGAUACCCAAAUUAAGGAAUUCGAAGAUACUAUUAUUGAUGCAAUGCGUAGGCUUUAUCAUCUGAGCAUCAGUCCUAAACAGUUCAAGACUUCAUCUGUCGGACAAAAGGACAACAUGCAAGCCGACGAUUUUGGAUUCGAAGAUGAUCCCUGCGUGGACAGCCUAGACGACACGCCCCUGAAUGACAACCUUGUGGAAGAACUGGAGUGUGUCCUUCCUGUGGACAUCCCAACUGGAAGCAAUUUUCAACUUCUUGAUGUUCCUCUCCAUGCGUGCUUUCUUCGUUCUGAUUUUCACAGGAUUGAUCAGAAUUCCGCUUUCGAGGACGAUGUCACCGAUGACUAUGGAUCUGAUGCUUUUCCGGAUACAGUCCCCGAUUUAUCUCUUGAAACAUCGUGGGAGGCAGAUGCUAGUAAUUUGGUCGGCCCCGCAUCUGGUUAUCUUGACAUGGGAACGGAUGACUCUUUCGAGGACGCUUGCUCUGACGUGCUAUUCACUCCGCCCCGGGUCCCAGCCAGUCCGCAGGUUGUCUGUCCCCAAAACCAUAUAAAUGAACUUUCACAGCUAGACCACAACGCAACUAAUACCAAGGUCCACCACCAAAGACCUGAUUUGGUUGCGGACGAUGAAUUCUCUGACAUCAUGUCCGACCUGCUUCUUACACCCAUACAUUCUCGUUUCGCUAGUCCACGAAUAGUACCCGCGUCGCCUCACUCACUCGACAUAGAUUCUGACCACUUCAGCUUUGAUCUCGAAAGCGUAGGUUGUUUUGUUGAAAUCCCGGGCGAAGAGACUUGGGAUGAAGGGAUCGAAGAUGGAGAAGAUAUGGUGGUAUUGGGAUUGCCUGCUUCGCCCCUCUCAUCACUUUCAUUUGGUUCAGGGUCUGGAUACUCAUUCUAACCGGGCGCAAUUGUGUUUAUAUGUACAGAGGAAGGAAUAACGCAGCAAUUCACAUUCUACACUCUGGCGACUUUUGUUCACCAACCUUUUCGAAUUCCAUGCGGCUCGCGUGGCUGACUCA